AUGGAGCAACACGUAGAGGGCGAACGGAGCAGUGACUACAUGGUCGCGGAAGCCGAGGACUUUGUCCACACCAUGACGGCCCACCUUCGAGCCAGCGACAUGGACGUGAAGUUCCUUGACCACGGCUUCGACCUUCAAGAUCAAUCGGCCUUCGUCGGGGAGAUGUACGCAGAGGCACUUUCGGGACAUCCGCUCAAACCUCAGCUGUGGGAUUCGACACUCGAGGGCCUGGCUAAUGAUGUGGCCGAUGAACACGCGGAAUUGACGGCAACGCAAGAUAAUCUGCAAGCGAAGAUCAGGGAUAACCCAACCCUCGUCAGUACGGCGCAUGAUAUCAUGGACAGAAGAAUGCAGGCGGUGGGAGUUACUCAAGACAACUCACUGCCCAAGAGAACAUCCUCGUGGGCCAGCUUGGCCGCUAGAUUGAGGCAUCUCCUCCACAGUGAGAAUGAGAAGAUGAAGGUUGAGGACAAGGAGUGCUUUCCCGGCGCAGAUAACAAACAAGCCUCUCAAUUCAGCAUCAAGCUGUCGGCUCACUAUACAUAUGAUGGGAAGAUGGAUCGGACGCGCCUCUCAUCCCUCUACUAUUCCAACAACGUGACCUUGCCGACCUUUUUGGAAGCGCUUCAAAGGAACAGUAGGAAUUGGCAGACUGCUGAGGAUGACUUCCCCGAGGGUUAUAGCGCGAAGGAUGGUGACUGGCUGUGGAUCGACCCGACCGCAUCGAGAACAGUGAGAAAACUAAAGACGGACGGAGACCUCCAGGGGAUGAUAAAACGAACCCAAGCUGUCCAUCAACAGACGGGAAACGUGGUUCUGGUAUUCCAUGAGAAAUACCAGGAUCAUCUCAAUCGGAUCAAAAAUGAGCGACAAGAGUUGAAUGAUAGGCGGUUCUAUGAAGAUGAGCCGACGGAUGAGAAUGGAGUUCCACUCUAUGAUCGGGAAUUUGACUUUAUAAAAUGGUGCAGGGACCAUCACAAUGAUGAUGGCACUGUGGAAAAGCCUCGCGACGAAGACUACUGGGCCGACAUUGAACAAUACCGGAAGCGGAUUGGAUUAGAGUAA